UAGAUAGCAUCGAUAACUAGCUAGCUAAGUAACUUUACUAAAAUGUCUUUCAAAAGGGAAGGUGAUGAUCAAAGUCUACUUAACGUUCUGAAGAAACGGCGUGUUGCGGACUUGCUGUCCCACUUCAUACCUGAGGAUGAGGCUGCUCUGAUGAAAAACGGAAGGUACAGCUGUUUAGUGUGUUCACAUCGUCCUGUUUUUGAUACCGUGGAUAUGCUGACUGUACACAGAAAAGGAAAGCGGCAUCUUGAAGGUCUAAAUUGGUUUUAUGGAAAAAAAGCUCAGAUACAAAAUGAAAUCGAUAAGAGGAGACAUCAAGAUUUUGUUAACAAAGAAGAAGACCGUGAGGAAGCAGGCAGCUCGGCACCAUUGCUUACACAGACACGAAGGAUUACCCAUCAUGCCUUACUGAGAACUGUUCCUUAUAGCAGUUGCCAUAAAAAGGCCAGUGAAAGGUCUGAAAACCCUGCAGUGGGAUUUAGCUCAGGCUGUAGAAACACACCAGUGAGUGAGCACACUGUAGAUCAGAGCUGUACAACUACUGCCAAGAACAUCAACACACAAACCACGCCUGCUUAUAGUGAAAUAACAAAUUCAAGUCAGUGCCAGAAUAGGAGACAAAUAAAGAAAAAGAAAAAGCUGUCCAGUGCAAGCAGGCCACCUGAAUCUGAACCUCCAAUGAAGCAGAGAUGCAGAGAACUGGAACAUUACCUCAAAUUAAAGAGUGCCGGGUGGCUACAUGACCCAAGUGGUAAAUGGGUAAAAGAUGAAAAUGUUGAAUUUGAUUCAGAUGAGGAAGACCCACUUCCACUGCUCUCAUCUAGUGAAACUACAUAGAUUAUGCUGCCAUGCCAGUUUUUGAUAAUCUUUCUGCUUCCUCCAAGUAACGGCAUCUUCAUUUAAAAACUUUGAACUCAGGGGAAAAUGUGAAAUGAAAAGGACUGCCGAUGAGGAAGGUUUCGAAUGCAGGCUUGUGCUGUCUGUUGACAUUGGCAUCUUGUUAAAAUGUUCUAUACACAGGAGAGCUAGUGAUUGCUUUAUAAUAAAAGGGUAAAGGAAUAAUGCCUGUUGUAAAGGAAAGCUAUUUUUAUGUACUUUUCCUUGUUUGUUUUCUCAUUGUUAGAAGAAUCAGAAUUAAUAUACCUGUCUAAUCAAGCAGCAAGUACACAGCCUCUGUGUGCUUCACAUUUUGUUUGCCAAAGCACUGCGGUUUGGAUCAAUAGCUUGUAGCUAUAUACACAACUGAUCGCUCUCACACAAGUCCAUGAAUAGUCUUGACAGGUUAGCAGCUGCUUUGAAGGUAGAACAUGAAUCUUCUGUGUACUCCCCCUUCUUUCUUGACCUGCUAAAGAGCUAUAUUUGGGCACCUGUAACUCAAUCUCAGGGGACAGACUUUCAUGUCUCUUAGUCUAUAAGUAUAAAUAGGAAAGUGGCAGAAGACCAAGAGCUACAGCAGGGAAUCUAAUAGUUCUGACAAAGAUGAGAUUGAAGGGCCCAACAGUAACGAGCUCUGUCUUCACAGUGAACUCAUUACACAAUCAUUCACCAACACACAGAGCUGAGAGUGCCUAAUGAAGCUGAACUGUCAGUAAUUUAACAAUUAAAAACUCAAGUUUCAUAACUUAUUAACUUGUUGAUUUUUUUAACUUUCUGAUUAUUGCUUCUAAGGGAAUACGCAGGUUAUCAAUCACUGUAUAAAUGAAAUGUAACUCGCAACCCUGAUAAAGAUGCAUGCUGCAUGUGUUUAUUUGUUUAUGAUCAAUUUUUCUCCACUAUGAGCCACAUUCCACAUUUAAGUCUGCAAUUUUAAAGAAAAAAAUGGCAUUGACUGAUUGAUUUAGCAGCUAUGUGAAAUGUGGCAAUGAAUGCCAUUUUAAAGCAGAACAUUAAUGAUCUCAAUUAGGUAUGCCAGCACUUUUAAUAAACUUGUUCAAGGAACAUUGGUGACAGGAACAGGCACACCAUUUCUGAUCUAAAUUUUAACAAAACUGAAGUCUGAUUAGACAAUGAAAGAUAACGGGUUUAUUUAAAAUAUAUACAUAACUUGUUUGUUAGAAGCACCAUAUUGAAAAAAAUAUAUUCAUGACUCAAGAAAUGAUCAAACAGUGUCUUUUUACAAGUUUACAAACAUUGAUAGAUUGAAGGCACGUGAUCUUUAUUCAGUCAGAAAGAACUGGCUUGAUGAAAUCCAGUGUCUACAAAGGAAAAUGGAGCAGGGUUGUAGCUAAUGAUAUCCACAAUGGCAGGUAAUGGAUGG